GGACGGGCGAUUUAAAUUCUGAAGAUCUACCCCUUGACCUCAACACUUCAUCAACAUCAAACUUCUUGGCGUCAUACUGCGUCACGUCUCUUUUUAAUCUUUAUAUUCCGCUGUUUUCCUGACUGCGGUUUCUUUUUCCUUUUCCCCUCCUCCCUCAUCUACCCCACCAUCUACUAACUAUCCUUCACAAUGGCCUCGAACCCCAAGUACGAUAACUAUGAUUUCCCUGCCCAGGGUGCUGAGAAGCAGGAUGGUCACGCUGGUUACCUCACAGAGGACCAGACUGCCAAGCUUGAACAGUUCCGCAUGAUGCUCGAAUCAGAGGGCUGCACCGACCGGUUGGACACAUUGACUCUGCUUCGAUUCCUCCGAGCGCGCAAGUUUGAUGUCGAAGCCUCAAAAGCCAUGUUCUUGGAUACCGAGAAAUGGCGAAAGGAGACCAAGCUCGACGAGACUGUGCCUGUCUGGGACUACCCUGAGAAGGCUGAGAUCAACAAGUACUACACUCAGUUCUACCACAAGACCGACAAGGAUGGCCGACCCAUCUACAUCGAGACUCUUGGCGGUAUCGACCUGAACGCUAUGUACAAGAUCACCACCGCCGAGCGUAUGCUUACCAACCUUGCUGUCGAGUACGAGCGCGUCGCCGAUCCUCGUCUUCCCGCUUGCUCCCGCAAGGCCGGUCACCUCCUCGAGACAUGCUGCACUGUCAUGGACCUCAAGGGUGUCUCCAUCGGCAAGGUUCCCCAGGUCUACUCCUACGUCAAGCAGGCUUCCGUCAUCUCUCAGAACUACUACCCCGAGCGCCUUGGCAAGUUGUAUAUGAUCAACGCCCCUUGGGGUUUCUCCACUGUCUGGAGCAUCGUUAAGGGCUGGCUGGACCCCGUCACCGUUUCCAAGAUCAACAUUCUCGGAUCCGGAUAUAAGGGUGAGCUUCUUAAGCAAAUCCCUGCCGAGAACCUUCCCAAGGCCUUCGGCGGUGAGUGCCAGUGUGAGGGUGGCUGUGAGAACAGCGACGCUGGUCCUUGGCACGAGGCUGAGUUUGCCCGUCCUGCUUGGUGGGAGAAGAAGCAGGACGCCAAUGUUAUCGAGAACAAGGGCUCUGAGAUUGAGGAGCCCGCAAAGGCCCCUGAGGCUGCUCCUGUUGCCGAGGGUGCUGACGCCACCCAGACAGCUCCUGCCCCUGCCCCUGCUGCUGCUUAAAGGAUAGGAGGAGAUGCGUGAUGGGAUUGAUGUCGAUGAAAGAUAGACAGAGCGGUUUCUCUGUGUCUUAAUAUAGACCGCAUACUUUCUCUCGUUUAUUAUACCUUUUUUUCAACAACGAGGUUUCAGUUGUCGGAGCGAGAAGACCAAGUGAUAGAAUACAUCACGGGAUAGUAGGCCGGAGUGACGUUUGUGUGAACGAAAAAGACUUGCAAGACCCUUUUCUUCCCCAUUUGUAUCAAAUAGGCUGGUAGGCCUAUCUUCUGUGCUUAGACUCCCGUCAAAUGCUGUGAUCGCGAAACUCAUAGUUCUCGAU